AGGCUGAGCUCUGCCUGGAUUCUCAAUAUGCAAUGCACAUCGCCCCAAGAAGAUGUGCGUGCAUAUUCCGACCUAUCGAGCUUUCGUUGGUAUCCGCUCUUAGCAUCCUCAUUCGACGUGCCAAGCAGGCAACAUCGCCUAUUCAGCAUCGCAACUGCAGAGGUCAAUUGCCACGUCACAAAUAUUCUCCGGUGUAGGCUUUGAUUGACAUACCCAGGCGUUGUCCACCAUUGAGCAGUUCAAUGCUGCAGAAUUGCCCACCUUCGCCAGUCUUUCCAAAUUCACGAGGUUAAGCAGUCUACGCAAAGGGGGCGACCAGUCUCAAAUCUGCUGAUUUCAUGACUCAAAUAUUUUGAUGAUAUUUCUUCCUCAAGACAGCUAGCUGUUCCGUUCGACCUUUCCAGAAAAAGCCACCCCGGUACCAAACGGGCAGAGGAAUUCUCACGCUCGGACUUGCCUGGCGCGUACAAAGUCUCUCAUACCUCUGCGACCGGUUCUCAGGCUACUACAAUUGUCCAACUGUGCUUUGACUUGUGAAGUGCCCCAACACGGCUUAGAUACCAAAAUAUGCCACCAAGACCCCAGCCUAAGUUCAAAAUUACCUGGUGGAUGCGAUUUCGUUCCAAGAUCCGAUGUCUACAUACACCAUUGAGUCUCCGACAUAGUAUUGUGCGACUCCGGCACAACCACAAUCACCCGUUCUUGGCACUGCUAAAACUAUUUACGAUCAACCUACGAGCACCAUCAUGGAACUGGUCGUAUGACUAUCCGUUACCAAAGCCGCUUGCACCUCAAGAUAUUGCUGCGAACGAAGCCCUUUUUGAUUGCUAUCACCCUGAUCUCUUCGACUUGAGGUAUAUCCCAAUCUGGACGAUACGCGAUACCCCUCUCCGAGCUAUCUACCGUCUCUACGAGAUACUCAUGACCCAAGAAUUCGUCUUGCUCCGCCUCGAGUGCGAGUACAUGUGGAAACAGCAAAGCCGAAAAUGGUCUUUGGGUUCAAUACCUGACCCUUGUGACCCAGAUCCUGUUCGCUAUGCCAUACUGGCUUCUGUCGUUGAGGAGCUGGUCAAGGCUUUCAACUGGCGGCUUGCACAUGGCCAGAGAAAGGAUGGGAGGCAUGUGCGCAGGACCAAGGAGAUUCCGUGGCCUGAGUAUGAUCCGGAGGUUGUACCUUGUUGGACGGCGUCUGUUCCUGCGAUAGGAGAAAGAGAUCUUUCGGGCUUGGCUAAGGACAUUGUAAAGGAUGGUAUGCUACUUCUUGGAGAUGGAGGAUGUGAAAACUUCAUUCGCCGAAAUUUUGAUGCUCCUACUCGUUAUUUGUAUACAACAUGAUACAUGAGUAUGGGGGUUGGCUUGCUUGAACUCCUUCACGUUGUGAUCUGGUAGGGCAAGUUCGGGGCUUUCUUGGGCGGGGCCCUUUGCAAGAACUGCACUGGGCACCUAAAAGGCACUGCCUCCGUUUGGGAAUAGGGAACCUCAUGUGGAAAGGUUUUAUGAUAAUAUCAGGGAUUUUCGAUAGCAGUGAUAACGGGAGUCGGUGGGGGACAUAUUCCAUGUUGCACACGUUCUCUUUUUGGGGAGUCCUGAGCAGUAGAGGCCUGCGGAUCUGUGAAUAGCACUCGUAGUACGGAUUGUGUUCUGUAUAUUCAAUUGAGACCAUGACUCAUGAAGCAAGCCAUUCUUGAUGGCCGUAGAGCAAGUGAC